AUGUACGAUGGAAUUAUAAGAAACUGGAAUCCCAGGGAAGAAGGUACCUUUGUGUUAAAUCACGUGCCAAGGAAUAGGGAUAUGAUAAGCCUGGUUGGGAUUUACCUGCGAGGUAAUCGUUUGAAAACUAUCGACAUGAGUGUAUUUAGCAGCAUGAUGUCAUUAAGUUGUUUGGAUUUAAGUGAAAAUAGGGUAGAGCACGUUGAAGGAACAAUCGCGUCUUCUAACUUGACGGCACUCCGAUUAUCGUUUGUCGAAUAA